AUGGAUAAUUAUAAUGAUCAACUGUCCAUUAAUGACUACGAAUAUAUUCAAUUUAAAGACUGUAUAACUGAAACAAAUGCCGAGACUAGUUUUUAUAAUUCACAAAAUCACCACUCUGAGCCUUCUUCAAUAUAUAAUGAAGGUUGUUUAUCAAUACAGAAUUAUCCAAUGCUUCAUAAAUCUGAAUUUAAUCAAAAUUAUGAUUAUUACAAUAUGAAAGCGGAGAGUAACACGUGUUUUGCUCAAAAGACAACAGAAAAUGUAAACUUUUCUUAUUAUUAUAAUGGUAAUAAUACUUACACUGACACUAUGAAUAGUAAUGACAGUAGUUUACUAGACAUAAAUAAUCCUACAAAUAUGAAUAACUGUAAUGAAUUAUUAGAUAUGAAUAACGAUUUAGAUUCAGGUAUUAUUCAUCCAAUAUUUUAUAGCGAAUUACAAUCUGGUGCAAAAGUACGUGAACGACGAAGAAUGUUCAGUAUUAAUUCAGCUUUUGAAGCGUUAAGAGCAUGUCUGCCAACAUUUCCAUAUGAGAAGAGAAUAUCAAAGAUUGAUACACUGAGACUUGCAAUUGCCUAUCUAGCACUUCUUAAAGAUUUAUUAGCCAAUAUGGAUUCAAUUGUAACAAAUCAACCUAUAAGAAGAGGUCAACUAGUGAUACAAUUUAUGAUUCAACGAUUAAAUUCAUCUAAAAGGCAUCAUCUUAGCUGGUAUACGAGUGACUUAAUUGCUCGCCUCAAUUGGAUACGAUGGGAUCGACUAGGUUACACAGGCACAAUCGAUUGGUCGUCUUCUUUACACUCAGACUGUCAUCAAUGA